AUGCCGCAACGCGGUACCGAGGACUCCCUCUAUGACAUGAUUCAGCACAUUCGAGCCGAGGUUGAAAAACGGAGGCUCGUUGUGCUGAUAUCAUUAGACAUAGAGGGAGCCUUCGAUAACGCCUGGUGGCCGGCUGUGAGGUGCAGCUUAGCUGAAACUCGGUGCCCCGUAAACCUGAGGCGCCUAUUCGACCACUAUUUUAGUGAUAGAAUAGUGCGCGUCAGGUAUGCGGGGUCCGAGUGGACCCGAAAGCCGACAAAAGGGUGCGUGCAGGGCUCCAUUGGGGGUCCUACGCUCUGGAACCUACUGCUGAAUCCACUCCUGGUGGAACUGGGGGAGAUGGGCGUCCGCUGCCAAGCGUUUGCAGACGAUGUGGUUCUGAUGUUCUCGGGCAACAGCACCGAAGACAUACAAGGUGCCGCCAAUGUGGCCCUCGACCAUGUUCAGGGGUGGGGAGUUCGUAAUAAGCUAAAGUUUGCGGCCCACAAGACCCGGGCCAUGGUAUUUACCAGAAAACUAAAAUACGACUCCCCACGUCUGAGCAUGGGAGGGGGACACAUUGAGCUGGUCACCAGUCUGAAGAUCUUGGGGUUGACAGUUGACGAUAAGCUCACUUUUAACAAGCACAUUGAAAAUGUUGCAAUAAAAGUGCAAAAGCUUUAUCGUCAACUGUCAACCGCCGCAAAGAUAUCUUGGGGGCUGAACCCCGAGAUCGUCAGAACCAUAUACGUCGCAGUAGUGGAGCCCAUCAUCCUCUACGCCGCCAGCGUGUGGGCGCCGGCGGCACGGAGGAAGACUACUCAGAAGUUGUUAGACCGGGUGCAGCGCGGGUUUGCUCAAAAAAUCGUAAGGGCCUACAGGACGGUCUCUCUAAACGCUGCCGUAGCACUCGCUGGCCUGCUUCCUCUGGACCUACGGGUACAAGAAGCGGCCCUUCUUUACGAAGUAAAGAAGGGCCACAGCCAGCGAGUGCUGCGGGACCGAGAUUUGGAGAGACCGACAAAGUACGAAGAGGCCGAGCACCCCGCCCACCUGGAAGGGCUGCAGUUCGACUGCCUGACGGACGGUGACGAGGUUGCCCAGCGAGCUACCGUCGAUGUAAGAAUUUACACCGACGGUAGCAAAAUUGACGGCAGAGUCGGCGCGGCGUUAUCCAUAUGGGAUAGCGCCGCGGAGACCUCCUGCCGGAAAUUAAAGCUGGGGAACUUCUGCACCGUAUAUCAGGCGGAACUGUAUGCCCUAUAUGAGGCCGUGAAAUUUGUUGUUAGGAGCCCCUCAAGGAGGUUUGGCAUUUACUCCGACUCCAGGUCCGCCCUAGAGUCCUUGCGUAGCAUCGAUUCCCUCCACCCCCUCGUAGGGGAAAUAAGAAGAAUGAUGAAAGGUUGUGUGGAAGUGGGGAAGGAAGUGAGAUUGAAUUGGAUAAAAGCGCACGUGGGGGUGGAGGGAAACGAGAGGGCGGACCAACUAGCAAAACAAGCGGCAGUCGGAGUAAAGACCAAGCCUCACUACGACAAGGUCCCUGUUUCAUUCGUCAAGCGACAACUCCGAUUGGACUCGCUUGACGAAUGGAACAGGCGCUACAAAGAGGGAGUCACGGCCUCGACAACGAGAGUCUUCUUCCCUGACGCCAUAAGCGCCUACCCAGUGCUCCGCAAUCUAGAGAUGGACCCCGUGCUGGUACAAGUUUUAACAGGUCACGGGGGGUUCGCAGAAUACUUACACAGGUUUAAGUGUAAGACGAGCCCCUCGUGCAUCUGCGAUCCAGCACGGGGAGAAUCCGUGCUGCACGCCAUUGUAGAGUGUCCGGAGUUUGACAGAAGAAGAGCAGAGCUGGAAAUAGAAGUUAAGGAGAGAGUAAAUUUAGAAAAUAUAAGCAACUUAAUGGCAAGUAAAGAAAAUAGAGGGAAGUUUGUAAAUUAUUGUAAAGAAGUGGGAAACAGGCUAGUAAAGAGAAAUAAAACACAGUAG